AUGGAUAAGCUAACUCUGUUAGAGGACCUACUUAGGUUUCCUGGACAUGAUAUGAACUUAAUAUUUGAUGCAUCUGUUCUAACAUGUGGAUGUUUAACUUCGGAAUACACUUUCAAUAAUCAAAAUCUAUCCAAGAUAUGUCCCAAUUGUCAUACUGAUAAUGUUUCCAUAUUGGCACCUAUCAAACCAUUAAGAGAACUUUAUAGUAUUAUUCAAAAUAUGCAAUCACAACAGUAUCAACCACAACAGGAAAGAAGACGUAGAUCGUCGUCAAAAAAGAGUUUUAAAGGAGGAUUUGAUGAUGUUAGUACUACAGCAAAUCCAGUUGGUGAGUCAACCGACUUAAUUAGCUUAUUUUAUAAAAUUGCUAAAGAAGAACAAUUGGAAAAUAAAGACGUUAAAAGAUCAUCAUCACAAUCACAACCUAUUCAACCACUACAACCUCCAUCUCGUCAACAACAACAACAAGAACAACACCCAACCCCACAACAACAACAACAACAACAACAACAACAGCCGGUAGGGAAGACAAAAGAACAGGCAAUCUCCGAUUAUGUCAAUGUUCAACCAAUUGAAAUAUCUAAGAAACUUUCUAAUGUUGAAUUGAAUAGAUCUUAUCCUUCUUCUCUCCUGAUGAAUUCAACUUCUAUUUCACCUCAAAAUCACAAGUAUUUAAUGGAUUCGGCAUUGUCUGUUGUUCAAAGAACCAAUACAGAGUUGGAUACAUCAACAAUUAGGAAUAAUCCAACUAAUUUAGCGAUCAAUUUAUUAGAAAGUGUAAGUGAACAAAAAGAAUUUAAUUUUACUAAAUGUUUCCCAUUUCAUCGUAAAUUGACUACAUUUCCAACACAACAAUUGAAAUUAAAUUUUUCAUCAAUGGUUCCAUUUAAACUGUCAGGAAACUCGUAUAUAAAAAGAGCAAUAAGUACAUCGAUAUACACAUAUCUCGAUUUUGCCAUGGGCACUGAAGUUACCCAAUUCGCUAUUAUCAAUGAAAAGAAAUGGGAAUUAUAUGAAUAUAUUGUACCCAUGGGUGAUAUGGAUAUAUCUCAAAUCAAACCACAAUUGAUUUGUUGUGGUAAACUGACGGGUGAAUUUGGUGAAGAUGCAAAUAAUUUAAAACAUUCAGGUGAAAGUUCAAUUAAAGAAAUUGUCAUUAGAAAUGAUUUUGGUGCUAAAGAUAACACAACUUCUGGAAGUGAUGCCGAUUUUAAGAAAAUUUUGAAUUCAUGGGAUCAAAUGUACUGUAAAUUGACUAGAAAUUAUUUGAUCAUAUCAGGUACUAGAGGUGUUAUGAGGGUCUUUAAUGUUAACAAAUCUUCACCAUAUGAAUUUGGACAACCAAUUUAUACAUAUAUUACGAAUUUCCCAAUCAGAUGUAUAGCAGUAUCUCCUAAUAGUUCAUUGAUUGCAUGUGGUAUCACUGCUAAAGAAAGAAUUUCUGGAAAAGAACAACCAUUUGUGAUUCUCCAUAGAUUGAUCACGCUGGAAGAUUUAUACCUAGAUUCAGUCGAUCCUAUUACGAUAACUAUUCCUACAAGAGAUCCGAUUAAGAUUAUUAAUUUCAAUGCUUCAUCGACUCAUCUAGUCAUAGCUACUUCAUGGGAGUAUAGGUACUUGAUUAUUAAAUUGACUGAUUCUUACCAAAGUGAUAAUUAUCGUAAACCAAGAUUAAUCUGGUCGGAUUUGAUGUAUAAAACGUCGAGACGUAACAUGGAUAAUACCAAUCAAUCAAGUUCAAGUUAUGAUGAACGUGCUGAGGCUGAAAAUGAUCUAAUGUUAUCCAAAGAAGGAGUCACAGAUGUGAAAUUUGGAAUUAUGAAUUCAAACAUGGUUAUUUCAACAUCCUGUGCGUUAAAUAAUAGACCACCAAUAUUGAUUCGUUUAGAAGGUUGUCAAAUUGAUUCACCAGUUAAUAUGUCCGGGAAUGAAAUUAAGAGUGUAAACAGUGUUGAUGACGAUGUUGAGAACUCGAGAAUUGUAUCGGCAGAGACAGUUAUGAAAAUUACAGAAAUUGGUUCCUUGAUUUAUCAAGUAGCCAUAUCUCCACGAGGUGAUGGUAUUGUCUUUUUAGAUAAAGAUGGUAGAUUAUAUUUGGUCUCACUGCCUAAUUUUUACCCAGGAAGAAGAAUCAGUGCAACAGACUCUAAAAACAAGAAAAUUGUGGUAUUACUUGGAGAGGUUGCCAAUGCUGAAAGAUUCAGUGAAGCAGCUUCAGUGGUGUUUAGUUCAGAUGGGGGUAAAGUAUUUGCAUUAGAUAGAAGAGGGGUAUUUUCAGUUUUUGAUUUCACGAAAGGUAUUCCUGGUAAAGACCCGGAUGUUAUUAAAUGUAAGAUUAUUAGUUUAUAG